AUGAGCUUGUCUCUUCCGCCUAGUAAGGCGGUGCUGCUUGCAGCGCACUAUGCUUCGCGGGCCGACAUCGCUGCACUACAACAUCUCGUAUCGCAGCACAGGUCUGUCCUCAGCACAGAGCUUGUGUUGCGUAUCCUGCUCACUUAUCUUCCUGAGACGACCCCGCCGCACUCCUACACCGAUUUUUUACAACAAUUGGCUAGCGGUAAUGUCUCGGCGGACGAGCAACCAGAGUAUUCUCUUGACACCUCCGCUGUUGAAGAUAUCACAGACGCCCAAGCAUCCAAGAGGGCACGAAAGCUUCACCUUCUCAAACUCUCCCAAUCUGUCUCUCUUACUAGCGAUACAGAAGAUCUUUUUGUGCUUUUCCUUCAUUCUCGUGCUUUGCGGAUGGACGAAGAGGCUGGUAUGCUUAACCAUGUUGCCGACCUACUUCUUCCUUUUGUCGACUACGCCCCCAGUAUCAAAAUAUGGAUGGCCUCUACGUUUCUUCCGCUUUCUAGGAGAAACUCCGAGUACUACACUCAGGGCUCCCAUUCCCUGGCCUCGUUCGAGGGCCUUUCUGACCGCUCUGCUGUCCAAUACCUCUUGUCACAGACAGGACUUUCAGAAGACAGAUAUGAUUCUAUUGGUAGAGAUCUCAGAGGCCUCCUGAGCCCGUGGCUUUACAACAGCGCGAGAUGGUUGGAAGAGGGUACUGGAGAACCUGGUUUUAAGUGUGCUGGAUGGGAACAGGUCUUGGAAUGGCUGACCCUCCAGGCUUCUCGGUCAUGGCCUGUUGCAGUUCAGGCCAUCAUACAGUGGAAUGGACCUCGAGACGUUGAUUUCGAAGAUGAAGCCAGGCUAGAGUUGGAGGAAGACAAACUACAUUAUCUCGACCAAACGUAUACCAAGGCUGCUCUAGCUUCGGUAUAUUCCCUGUCGGAAUCUACUAUGGAAUCGCUUGAAGGUGCUUACGCUAUUGUGAGAAAGGCAAGGUUCAUUCUGGGGUUGCCUUCGUCAUCGUCAGCCCAAGAAGAAGCCGAAGACCUCCCCAACCUUUCUGAAGCGGGAAUACGCAAUCUCAAGGCAACACAACUGGCACCUUCGUUCCUGAGAAACAACCUCCUCCAACCAAAUAACCCAUUUACAGAACCGACACCGCAAGCUGUCGACUUCUUGACUGGCCUCGUUCUGAGCGCAUUCAUACUUACUAAACUCGGCAUCCCUUGUUCGGUGAAGAAGGCUGGUGACUUAGCUCUUCUUGGUGACAAAAGAGACCAGAAAUCCCAGCUCGUGAGGCUUGUUCGUUUCGCAUGCAACCAGGCACUAAGCCAAGGAGAUGACUACUGGAUUCGCAUUCGCCGCGAUGUCCUUUGGCUUCAUCACUGGGGCGUACAUGCCGAUAGCAUCCAAUCCCACUCUGCUGGGAAAGGGGUGUUCGGUGCCGUACCCGAACACGACAUCGAAGUAGAACUUCUCAAGGCUAUACUUUCUCAAUCACGUUAUUUUUUGGCCCAGUCACUGUAUGAGGAUGUGACAGAUCUGCCACUUCCGGACGAGAGUGUCCAGGAUGCCGUCUACCACGCAGCCUUGGACGCAUUUGACCAUGCAUCUAACCCGAACAGAACAAAGGGUGGCCUUCGAAAAUGCAAUGACAUCAUGCAUGCUCUCCCGAGGAUGGUGCCACGGACACUUCCGGCAGUCAAGCGAAUUGAGUCUCUGAUGAGCGCUGCGCAUUCCCUCAGUGGUUACAGGCUAGUUCUGAAGAAGGGCGAACCAUUCCGGCCCGUCGUUCUUCGGGUACAUUCAGACCCAAUCUCAAUUAUCGACAAAGUUCUCGAACAGAACGCCGGUGCCUACACUCGACUACAAGAGUUCCUAGAAAUCGGCAUGAACAUGAUCAUCGCUGGGUUUUUCAACGACGAUAAGAAGCAGUUGGGGGUCUCUCCUGAUCCCCAAAAGCAAGAUGCGGCAAUGGAACAGGCAGAGAAGCGAAUUGUGGCUGCGUGCAUUUUUGCUGCAUUAAGAGAAGACGACUUCGAGACCGCAUACUCCUACGUGGCUAGUCGCCUAGGAGAUUUGGACCAGACGGCAGAUGAGUGGUCGUGGAAAGCCGCGCUUAAGGCUGGCGAGUAUAUUCGCACGUCGAAUACAAGGCAGCCCACGCACCUGGGUACAUCAAGCGCAAACCCCGAGAUUCGUCAUUUGGAGCAGCGCCUCGACUGUUUGGCGACAGCUCUACGCGUUGCCCCUGCAUCCCAACUCCAACCCAUUCUUGAGGUUUUCCGACGGUGCGAGGAGCAGCUCGACUCCGCCAUUGCAGAUGAAGCUGAGAGGGAAGCGGCAUGGGAUACAGCCGGUGACAUGCAAAAUUUACCCGGAUCUUACGAUAUGCCCACUUCUACCAAGGCCUACCCGUCACGUAACAAGCCUGUAUCAGCCGCCGCCCGUCAGGCAGAGGAAGCACCAAUGUCGCUUUUCGACUUGUCGCGAGCCACGGCGAGGAUAGCGCAGAGGAAUUUGACAUCGUUGUCUAGCCUUAAAGGGUUGGCUCAUGGAAGCACACAAAGCAAGACCCUUGAGCCUUUGGGCCAAGAAAGGGAGGAGCGUGUGAGGAGGAGAGACCAGUUUCGAGAAGCGGCAACGGGAACACUGGUAUCUGGGGUUGGGUGGCUGAUUGGGGCCAACGUCAGCCGCAACGAUGGGGCGGAGUCGGGUUGA